ACCCGGGAUCUGGGGCUGAGGCGCUGCGGCCUCGUGGGCAGACCGGAGCAUGGACACCCUCUUCGUGGAGGAGGUGGCGGCCUCCCUGGUCAGGGAGUUCCUCAGCAGGAAGGGCUUAAAGAAGACGUGUGUGACCAUGGACCAGGAACGCCCACGCUCUGAUCUCAGCAUAAACAGCAGAAACCAUCUCCGAAAGGUUUUGCAUCUUGAAGUUCUCUACAAGGAGAACAAGGCAAAGGGAAAUCCUCUAAAAACAAACCUUGAGCUCAUCACCAGAUAUUUUCUGGAUCACUUUGGAAAUACUGGUAACAAUUUUACUCAAGAAACACCAAUCCCUGCACUCUCAAUACCAAAGAAAAGUAACAAAUUACCAUUGAGAUGCUCAGAGACCACGCUGGUAAAUAUAUAUGACCUUGCAAAUGAAGAUGCGAGUUGGAGAACAUCAUUGUCAGAAACAAGCAAAGCCAGACACGACAGUCUUAAUGGGGAUGUACUUGGUAAUUUUGCAUCAUCCAAAAGGGCCUCCCACAAAAGUAAGCCCUUGCAGACUGUCCCAGGUGAAAGCCCUCCUGUGGCUCCUGCUUGGGAGAAGAUGGACAAGCUUCAGUCAUCAGAGCCUUCCUCGGACACGAAGAGGAUGGGAGAGAAGAUCAGGCCAAAGUCUGGCCUGAUUGUCCGAGGCAUGAUGGCCGGGCCCAUCGCCAGCUCCCCACAGGAUUCCCUCCGCAAACGCUCGCUGAGGCAGUCCCCGGCCUUGAGCAGCACGACCCAACCCCACGAGGAGGGGAGCCUACAAGCGCCCGAGCUGGCUGCUCACACCCCAGCCUGUCCCCCCCAUGUCCCGCAGGAGGGCCCGGCUUCCAGCACCACCUCCCCCCCCAGGAGCACCCUGGGCCUGCUCAGCCAGCUGACCUUGGAAAAGCGGAGAGCCUCGCCCAGCAGCCCUCCUCACCUGCCAGGCAAAGGGCUUUCCCAGAGCGGGAGCGGCCGGUGGAGAGACCUUUCAGAGGGCAGCCCAGCCGUGGACAGCGGCCCAGAGGCCGACAGGACCGCCUUGAAUUUCUCCUUGUCCAGUGGGAAUGCCCCGACGACCCAGGAGAGGCUGGAAAGAGUGUUCAAACGGCAGGGGAGCCAGACCCCGGCCGUCAGGAGUAAUCAGUUGCCAGCAUCCAACAAGGUCGAUGGUGAGCUGGGUGUGCUGCAGCUUGAGGAUGUGGAGGAUGAAUUGGUAAGGGAAGAAGUCAUCCUGUCUCCCGUCCCAUCAAUGCUCAAGCUGCAAGUAGAGUCAAAGCCCAUCGACCUCUCAGUGGCAAAGGACAUAAAGACCAUUCUGUUUGGUUCCAGCUUUUGCUGUUUCAGUGAAGAGUGGAAACUUCAGAGUUUUUCCUUUAACGACUCAGCGUCAUUAAAAUAUGGCAUCGUGCAGAACAAGGGUGGUCCCUGUGGGGUUCUGGCAGCUGUCCAAGGCUGUGUCCUACAGAAACUCCUGUUUGAAGGAGAUAGCGGAGCUGACUGUGCUCGGCAGCUGCAGCCUUCAGACGCUCGUAGGACCCGCUGCCUGGCCCUGGCCAUCGCGGACAUUGUGUGGCGGGCUGGAGGCCACAAGAGAGCCGUGGUCACACUGGCUUCGAGAACACAGCAGUUCAGUCCAACCGGGAAAUACAAAGCAGAUGGAGUCUUAGAAACACUCAUACUCCACAGUUUGACCUGCUACGAGGAGCUGGUGACUUUUCUUCAACAGAGCGUCCAUCAGUUUGAAGCAGGCCCCUACGGAUGUGUCCUGCUCACCCUGUCGGCCAUCCUGUCCAGGUCCACAGAGCUUGUCCGCCAGGACUUCGACGUCCCCACCAGCCACCUGAUUGGAGCGCACGGAUACUGCACGCAGGAACUUGUCAAUCUGCUCCUGACCGGGAAAGCCGUGUCCAAUGUUUUCAACGACGUGGUUGAGCUGGAUUCUGGGAACGGGAAUAUCAUGCUGCUCAAAGGCAUCACCUCGCGCAGCGACAUCGGCCUCCUGUCCCUCUUCGAACACUACAGCGUGUGCCAGGUCGGCUGCUUCCUGAAGACCCCGAGGUUCCCCAUCUGGGUGGUGUGCAGUGAGAGCCACUUCAGCGUCCUCUUCAGCCUGCAGCUGGAGCUGCUGCGAGAUUGGAGGACCGAGAGGCUCUUUGACCUUUACUACUACGACGGCCUGGCCAACCAGCAGGAGCAGAUUCGGCUGACCAUCGACACCACCCAGACCGUCCCCGAGGACAGAGACAACGACCUCGUUCCUCCCCUGGAGCUCUGCAUCAGAACCAAGUGGAAGGGGGCAUCGGUGAACUGGAACGGCUCAGACCCCAUCCUGUGACCCUCCAUGUGGGUGAGCCCCAUGGCUCCAGCACACAUCGCUGGGGGUGACGGCUGAGCCCUGGGCCUCAGGGACAAGUCUGGGCCAGCACCUGGGCCAGCACUGCUGCAGAAGCAUCCAGAACCUCCCCGCCCCUUCCAUGAAGGGCCUGCCCAGGACUGUGCUGUGGACCCAGAGUGCCGCUGUGCAGCCCCUCCCAGCUGAGCGGUGACUGCCAAGGCCUGGAAGGAGGCCGGUGGGGCCUCUGCUGCCUUUUCUCUUCAUCCCCCCCUUGCUCCCUGCGGAGCCGGCCCCUUGCCAAGCCUCUGAUAUGGUCGGCCCGGGACCCUGGGCACUCGUUAUUUCUGACGGUUGGCUUUCUAUAAAACAGAAGUCAAACCCAUGCUGAGGGCCGAACCUCAUUUGUUCUGUUGCCGCAAAGGAAGCAUGAGGUCUGGCCGGCUCAUGGCUGGGGUGGGGAUGGUGAUGGGUGGAGGGGCCCCAGAGCCCCGGAGACCUGUGGGCUAAGUCGUCACCUAACGAGGGUCUCUGCAGGCGAACCAUGCCCUCUGGCCCACUGGUGUCCCUGGCUGGGCUUCUGGUUUGGCCUGGCUUCUGUGGAUCAGCCCCAGGUCUAAGGCACCAGGCUCCGAAAGCUGUGCCGACCAGGAGAAACUGAGGCUCCCUGGGAGCCCAUCUCGCGGCCGACCUGGAUCUCUGCGAGGCCCCAUGAGGACGGUCAUGUGGACCUGGAGGGUAGGCUACACCUGGCCAAGCAGAUAUGGGGAAAAGAACCUUUCAGGGAGGGACCUCUUGGCCAGGGAGGACACCGAGGUGAGGAUGAGAAGAGGGACUGAGUGUGGUCCCCCGUGUGGCUGCAGCGGGGCGUGUGUGGAGAGAACUGGCUGAACUGCUCCGGUGGGCAGAGGCUGUGGAGACCCUCGCAUUCCAGACUGAGGGUAGGAUAGGUGGGAAGGGGGAAAACUCCAUAAUCGCUUGUGAAGGGAAAAUUGUACUCGGAGCCUCCUUCGUUCCAACCAGCCCUCAGCCUCCGUGCGCCCCCUUGGGCUCAGGACACAAGCAGCUUGGGGGCUGUGCUCCCCCCGAGGGAGACCCCCUCCUCUUUAAGGGCCAGGCAUGCAGGAGGCAAAGCUGGCAUUUGGUGGUGACAACUAAAGAGCCUGUUCUGUGCUCUCGUGAGCUGGGUAAGAAGAGCGGUGGCCGGACUGGGGGUCUUUGGGGAGCGGCAGGGAGGAGCUGGCAGGGAGAGCUUCGUCCAGGCUGUACCACGGCCCCCGUGGAGUUUGCUGUGUAAACUCCAGUGGCCAUUCACAGCAGGCGUCCAGCAGAAAUGCUUCCUAUAUGUCCCUGAAAUGUUUAUGCAUUUGUUUUCCUUGGCCAGGAUCAGGCCUCUCCAGCUGAGCAACCGGGUGGAGGAAGUCGGUUUCCCUGCAGUGGCCUUGUUUAUCAGCCUGGGAAGGAAAAGUGUGUCUUUUCAAUAAAACACUUAACCUCCUGACCAGGGUGCCAUGGGCGGAACUGGAGAAAUCAAAAUAUUCCCAGCGUUGCUUGGGAAGACCAGUUCCAACAAAUUACAAAAGCACUUUUCUAGAAGCCAAGACAUAGGUACAUGUGCAGCAUGACGUCCCUUGCCUGGGAUUAUCUGGAAAGGAAGAUGAGCAAAGCCCAGCACCGCCCUCUCCCAGGUCCACAAGUCAGAAUGAGCCCACGGUACCACUGCCAGACCUACCAGAAUGAAAUGCAGGCCCUGCUUCCUCACACAUGGUGCUCUCCUUCUGGGCUGCAGGGUUUUCUAAGGAGACUGUGGGUAGGCUUCAGAGGGUCCAUAGCCGCCCCCCACCCACCGCCCUGCCAAAUUAAAUUAAAAUCUUUGUGUACAUGUA